CUCCCCCCCUUUCCCCCUCCCCUCCCCCCCCUUUCCCCCCUCCCCUCCCCCCCUUUCCCCCUCCCCUCCCCCCCCUUUCCCCCCCUCCCCUCCCCUCCCCCCCCUUUCCCCCCUCCCCUCCCCCCCCCUCCCCUCCCCUCCCCCCCCCCCUCCCCUCCCCUCCCUCCCCCCCCCCCCUCCCCUCCCCUCCCCUCCCCCCCUCCCCUCCCCUCCCCUCCCCCCCCUCCCUCCCCCCCCUCCCCUCCCCCCCUCCCCUCCCCUCCCCCCCCCUCCCCUCCCCCCCCCCCUUUCCCCCCUCCCCCUCCCCCUCCCCCCUCCCCCUCCCCCCUCCCCCCUCCCCCCCCCCCUCCCCCCUCCCCCCCCUCCCCCCUCCCUCCCCCCUCCCUCCCCCCUCCCUCCCCCCUCCCUCCCCCCUCCUUCCCCCCCUCCCCCCCUCCCCCCCUCCCCCCCUCCCCCCCCCUCCCCCCCCCUCCCCCCCCUUUCCCCCCCUCCCCCCCUCCCCCCCCCUCCCCCCCCCUCCCCCCCCCUUCCCCCCUUCCCCCCCCUCCCCCCCCCCCCCCUCCCCUCCCCCCUCCCCUCCCCCCCUCCCCCCCUCCCCCCUCCCCCCCUCCCCCCCCCCCUUUCCCCCCUCCCCCCCCCUUUCCCCCCUCCCCCCCCCUUUCCCCCCCUCCCCCCCCCCCCCCUCCCCCCCCUCCCCUCCCCCCCCCUCCCCCUCCCCCCCCCUCCCCUUCCCCUCCCCCCCCUCCCUUCCCCCUCCCCCCCUCCCCUUCCCCCUCCCCCCCUCCCCUCCCCCCCCCUCCCCUCCCCCUCCCCCCCCCUCCCCUCCCCCCCUCCCCCUCCCCCCCUCCCCUCCCCCCUCCCCCCCUCCCCUCCCCCCUCCCCCCCUCCCCUCCCCCCCCCUCCCCUCCCCCCUCCCCUCCCCCCUCCCCCCCUCCCCUCCCCCCUCCCCCCCCUCCCCUCCCCCCCCUCCCCUCCCCCCCCCCUCCCCUCCCCCCCCCCUUCCCCCCUCCCCCCCCCUUCCCCCCUCCCCCCCCCUUUCCCCCCUCCCCCCCCCCCUUUCCCCCCUCCCCCCCCCCUUUCCCCCCUCCCCCCCCUUUCCCCCCUCCCCCCCCCUCCCCCCCCCUCCCCUCCCCCCCUCCCCCCCUCCCCUCCCCCCUCCUCCCCCUCCCCUCCCCCCCCUCCCCCCCCCCUCCCCCCCCCCUCCCCCCCUCCCCCUCCCCCCCCCCCUCCCCCCCCCCCCCCCCUCCCCCCCUCCCCUCCCCCCCCCUCCCCCCCCCCUCCCCCCCUCCCCCCCCCCCUCCCCCCCUCCCCCCCCCACCCCUCCCCUCCCCUCCCCACCCCUCCCCUCCCCUCCCCCUCCCCCCCCCCCCUCCCCCCCCACCCCUUCCCCCCCCACCCCUCCCCCCCCCACCCCUCCCCCCCCCCACCCCUCCCCCCCCCACCCCUCCCCCCCCCACCCCUCCCCCCCCCCACCCCUCCCCCCCCCCACCCCUCCCCCCCCCACCCCUCCCCCCCCCCACCCCUCCCCCCCCACCCCUCCCCCCCCCCACCCCUCCCCCCCCCCACCCCUCCCCCCCCCCACCCAUGACUAUCUGCCCCACCUUUCCCAAUGACCAAUCUCCACUACUCUCUACCUGCAUCCCCCUAUCACCAUACCACCUACCUUCCCCCACCCCACACCACCUCCGUCUAUUUGCUUCCAAGUUCCCUUCCCCCUCCCCAGUUCUGCAUUCAGGAUCUGACGAUGAUUCAGACUACUGA